GCAGAAGAGGGGAGCAGCCAAAAAUUCCUCCUGGCACAGGGUGCCGGGGGGAGGAGCUCACUUUCCUAAGUAUUAUCAUUUGCUGAGGGAAGGUGUGUGCUCAAGGAGUUCUUAACCUGGAAGAUCAUUAACUCUUUCAUUUAGUAGUCCGGAGGUGGCUGUGCAUCUUGGAGGUGUGCUCAGAAAAGCCAGGGAACAGGAGUCAGGAAGUAAGCUUCCAUGGGGGACCACCUUGAGAGAGGCCAGCAUGCUGUGCUCAAUGAAGGAGACGAAAACGAGAUGGAAAUAUUUGGCUAUCGGACUCAAGGCUGUCGGAAAGCUCUCUGCCUUGUUGGGUCUAUCUUCUCCUUUGGACUUCUCCCCCUGGUAUUUUAUUGGAAACCAGCGUGGCACGUAUGGGCCAACUGUGUCCCGUGUUCCCUACAAGAAGCAGAUGUUGUGUUGCUGAGGACAACAGAUGAAUUCCAAAUUUACUCUUGGAAAAAGGUAAUGUGGAUCUCUCUGUCAGCAUUAAGCAGCACAUUUGGUCUCACUCCUGACCACCCACUUGUUAUAGAUGAGGAAUAUAUCAUAAACAGAGCCAUCAGAAAGCCAGAUCUAAAGGUGAGAUACAUAAAAGUACAGAAAAUAAGAUAUGUUUGGAAUAACUUUGAAGAACAAUUCCAAAAAAUUGGCUCCUUGGAAGACUGGCUCAGUUCUACAAAGAUACAUGUAAAAUUUGGAUCAGGUCUAACAACAGAAGAACAAGAGAUUAGGAGGUUAAUAUGUGGGCCUAAUGCUAUUGAUGUUGAAAUCACACCUAUCUGGAAACUGCUCGUCAAAGAGGUUCUAAAUCCAUUUUACAUAUUCCAACUCUUCAGUGUCUGUUUGUGGUUCAGUGAAGAUUAUAAGGAAUAUGCUUUUGCCAUUAUCCUCAUGUCUGUCAUUUCCAUAGCUUUGACGGUAUAUGAUCUCAGACAGCAAUCUGUAAAGGUGCACCAUCUAGUUGAAUCACACAACAGCAUCACAGUCUCUGUAUGUGAGAGAAAAGCUGGAGUCCAAGAGUUGGAAUCACACUUCCUCGUACCUGGAGAUUUAUUAAUUUUGACAGGCAGCAGAGUGCAAAUGCCAUGUGAUGCCAUUCUGAUUGAUGGCAGCUGUGUGGUAGAUGAAGGCAUGCUGACAGGAGAAAGUAUUCCAGUCACUAAAACUCCAUUAUCCCCGAUGGAUAGCUCUGCACCCUGGAAGAUGCAAUGUGAAGCAGAUCCCAGACAACACGUCCUCUUCUGUGGAACAGAGGUCAUUCAGGCCAAGGCAACCAGUUCUGGGGCUGUGAGAGCCGUGGUUCUUCAGACAGGAUUCAACACUGCAAAGGGGGACCUCGUGAGAUCCAUUCUUUAUCCCAAGCCCAUGAAUUUCAAACUCUACAGAGAUGCCAUCAGGUUCCUCCUGUGCUUUGUAGGGACAGCCACCAUUGGCAUGAUCUACAGUCUGUGUGUCUAUGUGCUGAGUGGGGAACCUCUUGAGGAGGUGGUAAGGAAAGCCCUUGAUGUCAUCACUAUUGCAGUCCCUCCUGCCCUCCCCGCUGCUCUGACCACAGGCAUUAUCUAUGCCCAGAGGAGGCUGAAAAAGAGAGGUAUCUUCUGCAUUAGCCCUCAGAGGAUCAAUGUAUGUGGACAACUAAACCUUGUUUGCUUUGAUAAGACAGGCACCUUGACGAAAGGUGGCUUGGAUCUCUGGGGGGUCGUACCCUGUACCCGGAAUGGCUUCCAGACCAUCCACAGCUUUGCCUCAGGCAAGGCUCUGCCCCAAGGCCCACUGUGUGCAGCUAUGGCCAGCUGCCACUCUCUGAUUCUUCUUGAUGGGACCAUCCAGGGAGACCCUCUGGACCUCAAAAUGUUUGAAGCAACCAAAUGGGAAAUGACUAUUUCUGGGGAAGAUUUCCACAUCGAGGGAGUCCCCGCACACACCAUGGUCGUUAAGCCUCGUGACACAAUCGGCCAGACUUCGGUGGAAGGACUUGCAGUCCUGCAUCAGUUCCCAUUCUCAUCAGCAUUGCAAAGGAUGACAGUCAUUGUCCAAGAGAGGGGAGGUGACCGGCUGGCAUUCAUGAAAGGCUCACCUGAGGGAGUGGCCAGCUUUUGCCAACCUGACACAGUACCAACUAGUUUUAUUAGUGAACUUCAGAUUUACACGACACAGGGGUUCCGGGUCAUAGCUCUGGCCUACAAGAAGCUGGAAACUGACUGUCCCGCAACUGCCAUGUUGAGGGAGAAGGUGGAAUCAGACCUGAUAUUUCUGGGAUUGCUCAUCUUGGAGAAUCGACUGAAGGAAGAGACCAAGCCUGUCCUGGAAGAGCUCAUUGCUGCACGGAUAAGGACGGUGAUGAUCACAGGUGACAACCUUCAGACAGCAAUAACAGUGGCCAGAAAGUCUGGGAUGGUUUCUGAAGGCCAGAAAGUCAUUCUCGUUGAGGCAAACGAAGCCACUGGGUCUUCAUCAGCAUCUCUCUCUUGGAAAUUAGUAGAGGAGAAGAAACAUGUUCCAUAUGGGCAUCAGGACAAUUACAUUAACAUUAGAGAAGAAACCUCUGAUAAUGGCAAAGAAGGUGGUUACCAUUUUGCCCUGAGUGGAAAAUCCUUUCAUGUUAUAAGUCAGCAUUUCAACAGUUUACUGCCAAAGAUACUAAUCAAUGGGACCAUAUUUGCAAGAAUGUCUCCUGGGCAGAAAUCCAGUCUGGUUGAAGAAUUUCAGAAACUGGAUUACUUUGUAGGUAUGUGUGGUGAUGGAGCCAAUGACUGUGGAGCUUUGAAAAUGGCUCAUGUGGGCAUCUCUUUAUCAGAGCAGGAGGCAUCAGUGGCCUCACCUUUCACUUCCAAAACUCCAAAUAUUGAGUGUGUACCUCACCUUAUCAAGGAAGGACGUGCAGCUCUUGUCACCUCCUUUUGCAUGUUUAAGUACAUGGCCCUGUACAGCAUGAUUCAGUAUGUUGGUGUUCUGCUGCUCUACUGGGAGACAAACAGCUUUUCAAAUUACCAGUUCUUAUUCCAGGAUCUGGCCAUCACAACUCUUAUUGGUGUGACAAUGAAUCUCAAUGGUGCCUAUCCCAAGCUGGUGCCUUUCAGACCUGCAGGACGACUGAUCUCCCCACCUCUGCUGCUCUCGGUCAUCCUCAACAUUCUGCUCAGUUUGGUCAUGCAUGUCAUGGGCUUCAUCCUGGUGCAGAAGCAGCCUUGGUAUUCAGUGGAGUUGCACAGUGCCUGCACUGUGAAAAAUGAAAGUGUCUUUACCUGGACCACUUUUCCAAAUGUUCCUGAAAAAAUUAAGAGCAACAGUGCCUUUGCAAGUUUUGAGAAUACUACUAUAUGGUUCUUGGGAACAAUCAACUGUAUCGUUGUGGCUCUUGUAUUCUCUAAAGGAAAACCCUUCAGGCAGCCCACCUAUACAAACUAUGUAUUUGUCCUUGUGCUGAUUUUACAGCUAGGCAUCUGUCUGUUCAUCCUAUUUGCUGACAUUCCAGAAUUGCAUAGGCGUUUGGAUCUGCUCUGCACUCCUGUCCUGUGGAGGGUCUACAUCAUUGUCAUGAUCAGCUCCAAUUUCAUCAUCUCCCUUGCUGUGGAGGAGGCUGUUAUUGAAAACCGAGCUUUGUGGAUGGCAGUCAAGAGAUGUUUUGGCUAUCAAUCAAAAAGCCAGUAUCGAAUAUGGCAGAGGAACUUGGCAAAUGACUUGAGCUGGCCUCCGAUAAACCAAACCACCUACUCUGACACGCAGGAGUGUGGCAUGGGGGUUUCCUACAGCAACCCUGUGUUCGAGAGCAACGAGGAGUAGCUUUGAAGGAAAUGUGGUAUCCAGGUUGUUAUGGAGAAAGGAAGAAAAAAGGGACCAUUUCAGUGAUGUUAAAACAAUGAGACUCAACAAUAUCAGCUGGAGCUUGGGGGAUAAACUAUGAAACCAUGGUGAUGAAGGAAAGUCUACUUGCUGAAAUAGAUCCUAGAGAGCACUGUCCCUAGAGGACAGCUUCCUUCCUGACUUCCGAGAGCAUUAGCACUGUCUGCCAAACCAGGAAUAGAGCGACGGUUGCAGUGGACCAAGAGACGGGCAGGCAGCAGAAGGGAAAUAUGUUAUCCUCAGUAUAAUUCUUUUGUAAAAAAGAAAGGAGUCGAGGGAAGGUCAUACCAUGUAUAUUCUUGUAGUUGUAACAUGUUAAUAAUUUUUGAACUUGUACUUAAUUACUGGAAAAACUAAUGCAAGAGAAUCAUCAUGCUAAGUUUCA